GUUCUGUAGUUGUUUGUGCAACGCUCAGUAGUGUGUUUCAGCUAUCUGAUGGACGUUGGCAAAGUAAAGGGCCAAGCGGGCAGUAGGAAAGGUGAGGUCGCGGAUCAACCUGAUAUACGAUACCCAUCGGCACGACCCCACGCUUCUGGGUAGGCCAACCUGUGUUACGAAUGGCAAUCGGCAUGGCCCGCUGAUAGCGCGCAUGAAUGAUUGUGGUAGGUCAAGUGUCGUGCGGCUUGUCUCUGCGAUGCCGAUCACAGCUUUGGGUGUGCUGUCCAUUAUUCCUGGUAGCACUGCUGCUGAAGUACAGUAUGGCGACAAGGGGGCCAAGAGUGCAAGCAUCGCAUCGCAUCAUCGCAUGCGCCUUCCUGACUUGCACAAGUGCCGGCCUGCCCAGUCCCCUGCAUGUUCCGUUCACGACAAUCCGACGUUGCACCUCUUCGAUCCGUUUCGCAGACUCUUGACAGGCAUGCCGGUACUGUAGCAACUUGAACGGCGGCUCGAUGAGAACGCAGCACCGUCCAAUCGCUGAUAUCGGUCCUUCGCGGCGACGAGCUCGAGAGCUUGAGUGGAACCGUGGGAGAAGUCAGCUGGACCGUGGACCGUGACGCCCGACCUGGCUGUGCGGAGAAUGGCGAGUGCUUCCUACCCGGCCUUCGAGGUCCUAGACGACAGCUUCGUUAAGAACGCGACAAUUGAUGAUGAGAGAGUAGAGUAAAGAGAAGGAGACAAAGAUAAUCUUGGGAGCGGUGAAGCGGUACUGCGAUCAUUUUGCAGAAUUCCAA